AUGCCUUCCCAUAGGCACCGGCCUCCCGGCGUGCCCGCCACCACAUCGCAGCGCGCCGCGCGCCCCGCUGCGCUCGGCGCGGCAGCGGCGGCGCUGCUGCUGCUGCUGCUCGCGCCGCCGCCGCCGCGCGCCGCAGCGCAGGGGCCAGAGUCCACCGGCUCCAUCCAGGCCGCCUUUGCUGCGGCGGCCGGACCCGGCUCACGCCACCUCAAACGGGCAAAGGCGGUACUCAAUCGCCGGCCGGACCCUGCCGGGGGCGAUGACCCGGUGACAGCGAGCGCGACCGGCCAGAUGUGGCCGCUGCAGGACACGAUUAUGAACGGCCUGAGCGCAGACGUGGUCAACAUGACUUGCCCCACACUGGCGGAGCUCAACGCGCGCACGCAGGAUCUGUUUGGCGCCACCGUCUACUCAGGCAACAUCGCCGCCUGCAUCAUGAUCUCGUCCGUGGAAAACAGCGUCAUUUCAAACACGAACGACAGCUGCAAGCACCCGGAGCUCACCGGCUACGGCAUGCAGCGCCCGCUGCAGUUUGUCAGCAAGUCAGGCGUGCAGGCGCCCAACCCGCUGCAGCUGCGGACGCCCGUGCCCGACAAGUUCAGUCCAGACGAGGUGAAGGCGCUCAUGCCUCUGGAGGCCGCCACGUACGCCUGGCUGUUCCAAGGGAUACGAAACCUCGUGGAGUGGUGGCCGUGCUCGAAGGAGUUCAACGGCAGCCUGUCAGGCUACCUGUCCCCGGCCUCUGCCAGCGGCAGCCCCAUGACGGCCGCAAUGGCCACGCCCUCGCCGCCCGAGGCUGAACCCUUGGUCAAGCAGCUCCCCAGCAACCCAGGCGUCUACACCCUGCGAGAGCUGAACAAGAACAAGGACAGGGACCACGACAAAGGGAAGCCCAAGCCGCCGAAGAAGGUUUAUAACGACUACCCGUUCUUCUCGAUGUGA